UAAAUUUUUUCUCACUCUCAUCGCAUCGGGAGCUUCCUCUCCCGGAUUUCUGCUGUGCGGUCGGUCUGCGGCGAUGGUGGUGUGCCACUUCCCGAUCUCGACGCAACCCCUAGAGGAGAAGAUCACCUCACGCGGGAGCAGCACUUGAUCUUGGUCGGUCGGUCGUUCGGUUGGUUGGUUGAUGUCGCCGAGCAUCAGCAUAGUCGGCGUCGUCGUCGUCUUCGUCGUCGCGGUUAGGUUUAAGUUGCGCUUCAAGUGAAAAUAAGUGAAUAAUUGAAUGGAUUUGAAAAGGAAGUGAUUGUGUUGGGCCGCGCGGUCGAUUGAGCUGAUUCGCUGAAGUGGUGUACGGAGAAGAAAGUCGUGGGUAUGCAUUUUGCGACCAUGAUAAUCCGGCUGCUAAAUAUACCGGUUCUGGUUCGGUCCUGACGGCCGAUGACGACAAACACCGCCGCCGAAGUGUGACACUUAUCGAAAGACGAUAAUCAAAACUCGGUCAGAGCUUGGAGGUUUUUCGGGAACGGGAGAACCCGCGCGUGUUGGUGAGAUAAGGUCGCGUCAGGUGCGUUUCGACUCACCGACAAAAAAGAAGAAAAAAAGGAAAAAAAAGUUUGGCAUUGAGAGGUGACUAAAUCCCAAAAAUUGUUAUCUGAGGGCCGUGGAAAUCGUCUGGUUUAGGUGCUUUAUUUUGGUGUCAGUGCGCAGUUUCAGUACCCGUGCAGCGAAAGACGCAAUGCGCAGCUAAAAUUAAGUGCGGCAUUGGAAAUCAGAAGCGAAAAAAAAAAGCGCACAUCGAAUAGGAGUGACCAUAAUUGUUAUUAUAUUACCGCGAGCUGCAGCACUGUUCGCUCGAAGCACCGAUUAGGCGGAAUAUGAGCCAUGGAAAAACCGGCAUCCACUGUGAGGUAUUUCCAGCACUGAGCAAUGCAGGAGAUCUAACAUGAUACUUCCCAUUGAUCAACGUGGUUCAGCAGCUUCGUUGUCUUCCUGGAUUCACCCAGCUGGUGGCAAAUGGAACUACCACCGGCGGCAGCAGCAGCAGUGUUACUACUUUUGUCCGCUAAAAACCUUCUACUGCAAAGAGAUUAUCAAGAUCCGAUCCGGCGGAAAUUGCCCAAGCGAUUCGAGUGCGGAUCGGUUGUGUGUCUAGAUUUGUGUUAGAGUGAGUGCGUGUGUGUGCUGUGAGCUAGAAUAGUGAUAUAGUGAGCAAUAUAGGUAGAAUAAUGUCACAGCGGAAGAAGAUCCUGUACGGGCUGUUCGGGAUCAUCAUCGGGCUGUGCGUCGGUGCUCUCUUCCGGAACUACCGGACGCUGGAGAUUGUCAGCAUGUGCAACUCGAUCAACAGCAUGAAGCAAAAGUCCGCCCUCGAAAUCAUCGGCCUACAUCCAGCGGAGACGCCCGACAACUCGCAGCGUAACCUAGUCUUUGUGGGGGUCAUGACGGCCAAAGAUUUCCUUCAGAGCCGGGCCAAGGCCGUUUACGACACGUGGGGCAAGACGAUCCCCGGCAGGAUUGCCUUCUUCAGCUCGGAGGAAUCCGUUGCGGACAAUCUCCCGCUGGUGGCGCUGAAGGGCGUUGACGAUCGGUAUCCACCGCAGAAGAAGAGCUUCAUGAUGCUGCACUACAUGUACGAACACUACAUAGACAAGUUUGAGUGGUUUGCCCGGGCUGACGAUGACGUGUUCAUCCGGACGGACAAGCUGGAAAAGUUCCUACGAUCGGUGGACAGUUCAAAGCCCCAGUUCAUUGGGCAGGCUGGGCGCGGCAAUAGCGAAGAGUUUGGGCUGCUGUCGCUGGAGUUUGACGAGAACUUCUGCAUGGGCGGCCCCGGAGUGAUCAUGAGUCGCGAGACGCUGCGAAGAGUGGCUCCACACAUUCCAACUUGCCUCAAAAACCUCUACAGUACCCACGAAGACGUGGAGGUCGGACGAUGUGUUCAAAAGUUCGCGGGUAUUCCCUGUACCUGGAACUACGAGAUGCAAUCCAUUCUGCACCACAACAGCAGCGGAAGCCGUGCCUUCAGCGGGAACCUCAAGAACAAGGAAGUUCACAGUGCCAUCACACUACACCCGGUGAAAAAGCCCGCCUUUAUGUACCGCCUGCACGCCUACACGCUGGGGCUCAAAGCCCAGGAGCUACGCCAGCAGUCCCUGAUGCUCCAUCGGGACAUUGCCCAAAUGACGGCCCUGCUGCAGAUCCCUAGGAUCAACAAAAACCUCGCUCCCGGCGUUCCGAUCUUCCCCGCGGACCAAACCAACAUCGACUACCUGGGGGAUCACAACAUCCUAGGUUCGACGCCAGAUCUCAACCGUCAUCGGCCGGUGCACCUAGAAGAGAUAAUCGAGUGGGACUUCAUCGCCAAGAGCCUCUACUCGGCGAUGCAUCCAAAUCCGAAGCGAAAGAUUGAAUCAUCUCUCAAGGAGGGUCUGAACGAUGUCGUUCGAGAGAUCAUGGAGCACAUCAAUAACUUCUCGCGCCAGCGGGGUCGCGUGAUCGAGUUUCGCGAGCUGCUGUACGGAUAUAUGCGCGUUAACAGCUUGUACGGACAAGAUCUCAUCUUGGACUUGCUGCUGGUGUAUAAGAAGUACCGGGGGAAGAAGAUGACCGUCCCGGUUCGGAGGCAUCUCUACAUCCAACGAUCAUUCACGGACAUUCGGGUUCGGGAAAUCACCGACGAGGUUAUCCCAGCCCACGCAGUGACCUUGGAUCGACGGUUACCCAAUGAAAUUACCCGACCUUUUGAUAAUAGCACUGGAUUAGAUCGCAUGCGAUCAUUUCUGAACAGCGGCUGGGAGCGCUUGUCGGACUCGUUUGCCAUCAGCAACCCACCAACGACCGAGAUCUACAAGGAUCGAAUCGUUUUCAUCAUUCCGCUCGCUGGCCGAUCGGAAACCUUCAUGCGAUUCCUGCGCAACUUUGAACAGGUGGCCCUCAAGCAGGACCAACGCACGGAUUUGCUGGUCUCCAUGUACGUCGACCCAUCCGAUUCACCGCUCAUAAGGGGACUCCUUGAUCAUCUUCGGAUGCAGUACCCGCAGAAUCGCAUCAACUACCUUCAGCUCCAUGGAAACUUCUCCCGCGGAGUAGCCCUCGAUCGUGCCAUCAAGAGUCCAUUCUGCAAACAGGACGACGUCCUCUUCUUCAUCGACGUCGACAUGAUCUUCACUCAACGGACGCUCGAUCGGAUACGAGCUAACGUGAUACAAAACCGGCAGGUCUACCUGCCGAUAGUCUUCAGCGAAUACGAUUCCCACCCGGACGCCCUGGGUCGUAACUACGGGGAUUCGGGUCCCAAACCAAUCACCACCGAACACCUUCAUCGAUAUUCCGACGACAGUCGAAACUUCUCAUCCCCGUACCCGGUCACCAACCUGAACGGGUACUUCCGCCAGUUCGGCUACGGCCUAGCCGGAAUCUACAAAUCGGACAUCCUUCGGCCAGACCUCGGUGGCUUCAACACCGACAUCACCGGGUGGGGUCUGGAGGAUGUGAAAUUUCUCGAAAGCAUCAUCGCUGCCAACCUGAAGGGAAGCCAGCGGUUGCUGGAUGUGGCCGACGGGAAGGUGGAUCCGUUCCAGGAUCCACACAGGCAGCAGCAGCAGGAGCUGUCCGUAUUCCGCGCACCGGACCCGUCGCUGGUGCACAUCUUUCAUCCGAUCAAUUGUGAUAGAAACCUUGAGGAGGCACAGUUCAAGAUGUGCCUCGGAACGAAAGCCAAUACUCUCGGGAGCUUCCGGACGUUGGAGGAACGGUUCCUCCACGACCGGGAGCUGCUGCUGUUCGGGAGAAGAACCAAGGGCAGUCGAUAGCGAUCAGUUAAUGGGG